CGACACUCGCAGCGCAGAGUCGAUGAUCCGCUGCAUCCUGAUCCUGACGUAGAACGCAUAAUAGCAACAAAACCAUCACUAUGUAAACGAUAAACACUUUUAAUGGAGCAUCGUCUCCCCGCUGCACUGUGUUUAACCUGCUGGACAAUGCGGACGGUGAUGCGGCGAGCAGUGGGUGUGCGCUCCUGAAGACCCGCCGCGAAUCAACAGAGAAGAGCAGUUUCACACAGCAUCUACAAACACUGAGGACGAUGUGUUUUUACUCCCUGCCGUUCUCCAUCCUCUCCAGGUUAAAGCUGACGGAAUCGACCCUGGUCCAUUAAAGACAUUUAUUCCCGCCUGCAGCAGCAUCAAGCAGAUCCAAGAUGAAAUUUCCGACUGAAAAUCCGAGAAAGCUAGGGAGCGUGAACCCUCCACCAGUCGAAGUCCAGACCAACCUGGUCCCCCCAAAGAAGGUGCAGCCAGGCAUGCUUCAAUGCAGCCUGGUACAUGCCAGCGUGGCUACCAUGCAGAACCCGAUGGGCUGCUCUCUGCCGCGCCUCUCUGUCUCCACCCGUCCCCCCAGCGUGGUGGCCAACAUGGAGGCGGUGGUCGACGGUUCGGCCAUGUUCACCAUGAUGAAGCUGAAGACGGUGCUGGGAGUGUUCGUGGUGGUCGUGGCCUACCUGGUGGCAGGUGGCUUGGUGUUCCAAGCACUGGAGCAGCCCUUUGAAAACAACCAGAAGAUCACCAUCACAGCAGAGAAGGCCGCCUUCCUGCAGAAGCACCAGUGCGUCUCCCCAGACGAGCUGGAGGCGCUCAUCAAGCACUCCGUGGAGGCUGUGAAUGCUGGAGUGAGUCCCAUAGGUGAUACUUCCUACAACUCCAGCCACUGGGAUCUGGGAAGUGCCUUCUUCUUUGCUGGGACUGUCAUCACAACCAUAGGUUAUGGUAACAUUGCCCCAAGCACUGAAGGGGGGAAAAUCUUUUGCAUUUUGUAUGCAAUAUUUGGAAUCCCGCUGUUUGGUUUUCUCCUGGCAGGCGUCGGGGACCAGCUUGGUACAAUAUUUGUCAAAAGCAUUGCCAAGGUGGAGAAAAUGUUCCGGAAUAAACACAAUCAGAUCAGUCAGACUAAAAUCCGCGUGGCCUCCACCCUCCUCUUCAUACUGGCUGGUUGCAUCUUGUUUGUCACCGUCCCGGCUGUGAUCUUCAAACACAUUGAGGGCUGGACGGCUCUGGAGUCAACAUAUUUUGUAGUCAUCACUCUAACAACAGUCGGAAUUGGUGACUAUGUGGCAGGGGGAGACAGAAAGAUUGAGUACCGGAAGUGGUACAGACCACUGGUGUGGUUCUGGAUCCUGGGCGGUCUGGCCUACUUUGCUGCAGUGCUGAACAUGAUCGGGGACUGGCUGAGGGUGCUGUCCAAAAAGACAAAAGAAGAGGUUGGUGGCAUCAAGGCUCAUGCAGCAGAAUGGAAGGCAAAUGUUCGGGCAGAGUUUCGAGAGACACGCCGACGUAUGAGCGUUGAGGUCCACGACAAGCUGCAGCGAGCCGCCACCAUCCGGAGCAUGGAGCGACGUCAGCUGGGCUUGGACCAACGUGCCUUGUCCCUGGACAUGCUCUCACCGGAACGCCGAGCCAUGUUCAACAGCCUGGACACCAACAGCCUCAAGACCUCCUCCCAGGAGAGCAUCGACACCAAGCUGAACAACCUCCGGCUGCGAGGGGCCGAGCACUGUGACCAGGGCGCCAGCCACCAGACGACAUCCGAGGACAACAUUUUCAACCGCCUGGGCUCAGUCACCAAGCUGGCGAAGCGCAACAGGAAUCGGGACCUGAAGAAGAACAUCCCGUCCGAGGCACGCCGGCCUCACAGCGAGGCGUACGGCUGCAGCUCGCCCGCUUUUGACUGCAGCACAUCCACCGCAGAGGAGGGGAAGAGGAAGGACGAGGGAGAAGACGACACUGAAGACAAAGAGUGCAACACUAGCUUGUCUGAAUUCCCACUGUUUGUAGAUGCUUGCCAUGGGUUUAUUCCAGAGCUGACCAAAGAAAAUAAGAAUGAAAAGACACUUGAAACAAAAGAGUUGCAUAUUCAAAUGGGACCAUAGUUUGAGUGUACUCCUCACUUAAAACACCACCAUUAGUGCCUUACGUCUCCGUUGUGUGUGCUUGAGCAGGGAUGAAACGUGUCCCUUUCUGCUACAUACUGUAUUGUCCACAUAUUCACUGUGCCCUCUAGAUGUCAUGGACAUACGUUGUGUAUAAAUGCAAGACCUGGCAGGUUUUUCUAAAAUGGAACUAUAGUGAUAUUAAGGAAAACAAAUCUAAUAGGUGUUAAAAGAAUAUCAACAUGGGUCUUUGUUUUGCAGCUUUGGCCAUUAUUUCUCUUAGUGUUGAUAACACUCUUGAUGAAGGAUGGGGUACGGCAAUUGUUUUAUCUGUCAGUUCUUCACUAAACAUUCGUUGUUAUCUAGUCCAAGCCAUUCGUGUUCACUGAAUACAUUCUACUUUCUACUGGAAAUAAUAAACACAAUUUCACAGAACACAAAAGCACCACGCAACAAUUGGGCUCCUUUCAGCAUCCUCAUCCAAGCAUCACACACGGAUCUCUUACACUCAAGAAAGUCACUGUCUGUGGUAUAUUUAAGUAUUAAAUAAACAUUUUGGGUCCACAUAAAGUAGACUUUAUGGCUGCACUUUCUGUUAUAAACAUCCACCUGUGCAGACACCCAAUAUUUUAUCAAAAAUGAGGUGUUUGCCCAUGGUCAGACCAUUUUGGAACAUAUCUGGCUCUUAACACAUUUUCAUUUAACAGGCUGGUGUUUUAAUCCCCCAGUCACCUGCAUUUUGGAAUGCUUAACCAUUUUCAGAGCAAAAAUGCACUUUUGAAAAGCCCUUGUGUGUAAUGUCCUGCACAUUGUUUCUGGUGCAUAUUCGUUUACAUGAUACGUGGUAAAACGGCUCUGCGCUGACGUUCCCGUUGUGUUUCUAUGCAAAUGUAUUCAACUUUGACGUUGUUACGCUGAACUUUCGAUAUGAAACCAAUCAGAUAACAAUCUAUAUAUAGCGGCGCAAGCUAUCAGACGAGGAAACCAUAGGAACAAAGCUUAUGUGUCUUUGUGAAUGUGGCUUAAAAGUAAUAAUAACUGUUUGUUUUUCCUGAAAUUAUAGCAGUCAGGAAGCAAGUAAGAGCCCUACUUUAAGAUGAAGUUAUUGGUCUUUCUUAAAUUGUGUCAAGCUCAUUCUUUAAGUAGCAAAACUGACCUGGUUGCCCUUGGGGGGAGAAGAAAAAUAAUGUUGUAUUUCCUGUUUCUUGCCUUGUCUGACUUAGUUAAAGUGAUGUUGGUGUUUGAGCAAAAAAGUUAUCAUCACUGUUCAAAAUAAUGGCCAUAACCAUUCAAAACAACAAAACCCAAGUUCUAAUAAAUGUGGAAAUAUUGUUAUGGGGGUGCAGUAUGAAAACAAAAACUGAAAUCAGAAAUGCAUGUCGUUCUUAAAAUUUCAAAAAAGUCCCUAAUAUGAAGUGUCAUAUGUAUUGAUCGCCAAUGAGAUGAUUGGAAGUAUUAGAAAUGCUCCAUAUGGCUCAGAUCAGAAAAUAACAUUAAAGAAUAAUGCCAACCAACAUAGGUCACCCAAAAAAAGUUGCUUUGGAUGAGUAGAAUAGUAACACAUGGCAAGUGAAUUAAAUGUAACACUUACUAUUUGUGAUGUUGUCAUGCUAUUUCCACAUUUCCUACUGGAAAUAAAAUGUGCAAUUAAAUGUUUAUGAACACUUUUCAAAAAAUGCCACAUGUCGCACCCAAGCUAAGCUGUUGUCUCCGUACAAUGUCCAAAAAGGCUCCCUAGAUCACAACCUCUUUGAUUACUUUCUCAGGGCUUGUUGUCCUAAUGUUUGAUGUUGAUAUUGUCUAACAAGUGCUGCAUUCACACUUUGAGAGGGGAAACUGACUGCACCUGGGAAUUAAUGACAACCGAAUGGAAGACAAGCCAUAAUGCAAAAAGAGGAGGGACUGUUCGAUACUUUACAUAGGACAUCAAUCAACCAAUGGAUGGUUUGGAGAUUAAAGAGUGCACUGCUGUUAUGGUGAGAGGGUAUGGUCUACUUUUGUGCAUACUUGGCAUGAACACAGACAGUUGAUGAACAAACCGAAGCUCCCGAAAGGACAUUUUGUAGCUCGAAUUUACCCCUUAACCUGGAAUAUCCAAAUAUGAAGAACACAUAAGGAGACAAGCAUGCGGCAACCAUCAAAGCUGAUAGGCUGAGAGACAAACCAACGCUAAUACCUAUCAUAAAGCCUUAAUAUUUGGUUGAUGGAUUCUCAAACUCACCCUGGUUACUAAAAGAGGAAGUAUAAUUUUUUUUGAGAACCAAAGCCGUAACCCUGCAGAAAAAAAACAUUUUGAGUGGAACUCUAUGCAGUUGGUUUGUUUAUGCAUUGGUAUUUCAGAACUGAAUGUAGCUUUCAGCCAUGAUGGUGGCAGCUACUAGCGGACAAUGCUAUUCACACAAGGUCCUUUACAUUUUCAUACUUGAAAUGUACCAUUUGGGGAAUUGACAGCACUUGCAUAAAAGCUGUAGCAAGUGUGAAUGCAGCAAAAAACGCAAGGACUUUUUAAUAAGGACCUCAAAAUGUAAAAUCUUAAAAAGAAAACCAAUACAUGGAACAAAAAAGGCAUGCUAUAUUGCGAAACUAUACCACGAUGUAUAUGAUGUUGAUUGUAUACCACCACAUGCUUAAGAGGAUGAUGCUUUCCAUGGCAUUUUGUUUUUUAACUGCCUUUGUUAAGAUGCACACACAGCACAUGCUCUGUACUUGAACACUGCUUAAAGUAU